GAUGUUGCACCAAGCCCUAGUCUCUAGAGCACUGGCCUUUGGGGUGUUAAUUUGUACACAUAUUUAUCUUUUUAUGAUGGUCUAUUUCACCUGAUGGAGGGGAGGGGCACUCAUAGCAGUGACUUUUUUCAUUUUACACUCCUUUACCCUGUUCUCCUUUCUACAACAGCUGCAAUGUAAUGUUUCAGUAGAGCAAGGCUUUGCAAAUUUGGCUCAAUAAGACACAGAGCAAAAAGCUUUUCAGAGAGCUUCAACUCAGCUGUCAGAAGGGGCAGUUUGGUCUCUGUGCAAGCAGUACUCACAUUCCAAACUGCAUUAGAGAAAAGCUGCUGGAGUUUUAUGCAUUUUUAUUAUCAGUUCCAGAUUAGGAAUCUGAUACUAAUUUUUUCUUAAAUUUUGUGUUUUGAGUACAGCUUAUAUUCUAAAACAAAACCAGGAUUGUGAUGUUUUUCUCUCACUAGCUUGCUCUUUUUUUUUGGUUUGCUUUUUUGUCCUCUCCCUGGCUUUAUUCCAAAGACCUUUUUUUUCUGCUUUUUGUUACACUCUUGAGAUGAAGCACUGCAUGGUUACAGCAGUGCUGGUAGCACUGGUACAGGUUUCACAGAGUUUCCCUGCCUUGUACCACCGAGGCUGGUGGAGGCUGCUAAGAGAAGGAGAUAGCUGUGGAAAAUGUGAUUUGGCACUCUGCUCUGAGCCCAAGGACUGUCCGGCCGGGACUGUGCUGGAUCGCUGUGGCUGCUGUCCUGAAUGUGGGAACGUGGAAGGUCAGACCUGCGACUUGGACCAGGGCAAUCAUUUUUAUGGGCAGUGUGGAGAUCACCUCGAGUGCAGGUUGGAUGCUGAUGAAGCAAGGUUUGGGGAAGUCCCUGAACCCCAGUGUGUGUGCAAAUCUCAAGAGAGCAUCUGUGGACCUGAUGGGAAAACCUACGAAAACAUCUGUCAAUUCAACAAGGCUUAUGCUGCAAAAAGAAACAUCAGCAUGAAACAUAAAGGGCCAUGUGAAUCAGCUCCUGUUAUUUCUAUGCCACCUCAGGAUGCCCAGAAUUACACUGGCAAUGAUGUCAUUUUUGGUUGUGAGGUGUCGGCCUAUCCUAUGCCACAGCUUGAAUGGAAAAAGAAGGGGAAUAAAAUGUUUCUGCCAGGAGAUGAUACCCACCUCUCAGUUCAGGCAAGAGGUGGGCCUCAGAAGCAUGGUGUGACAGGCUGGCUGCAGAUUCAAGGCCUCAAAAAAUCAGAUGAAGGCAUUUAUAUCUGCCACACCAAAAAUAAGCAUGGUGCAACAUAUGCCUCUGCAAGAUUGAAAGUCAUUGAUGACCCAUCUCCUGCAUUUGCAUUUACUGCUGGCAGUAGAAGUGCAAGCUACAGCAUUGAAUACGAGGAGUAUUAUGACAAUUCUGAUGAGGAAGAUGAUGAAGAAUAUGAAUCCGGGAACUACAAUAAUGAAAACAACACUGAAUAAUAAUUUUAUACAUCUGUUGUCCAAAUCCUUUCGCACUGUUAUAUUUACCAGUAGUAUCUCUUCUGUAAAUGGCUCCUCUCAUAACACACGUACUAACUUGUGUAUCCACCUUCCUGAAAUGCAGCUUUGGAUGAAGUGUAUCAUGCUACUCAACAGAAAUAAGAACAGAUGUAACACCAUAUAUUUAGACUAUUAAAUAACAUCCUUCACAAUGCACCUUUCUACUAAGUAUGCCAAAGGGAUCCAAUUUUAUAUUAAUUUAAAAAUUAUCUUAUAAUUUCUUUCACACGUUCUAAUUUGUCUAGCAAAAAUGCCAAUAGCUAAACAAAAUUUUUACUUUGUAUCAAUUUUCUUUCUUUUUUUUUUUUUUUUCUUUCCCUGUGAAGUACUUACUAAGAAAUAUCAAGAGAUUGUUCACAUGGCAACAAGCCUAAGUAUGGAGGUUGCAAAACAGUCUUUAAUCUUCUUAGUUCAUGUUUUCUCAUAAGUUUCAGUAGGAUUUUUCUUCUCAUUUGAAAUUUUCCAUGUGUCAUCAAAGGCAUCUGUUUUUUGCAGGAUGAUUUUGGUUAUUGUUAAUAGAUACAUGAAGCAAUCAUGGCCUAAAGCCAGUAAGUGCUGUUUUACUGUCAAUACUCAAACACAGCCAAAAAAGAUUCUUUGUGCAUUCAAACCUAUGAGCACAGGUCUCCUUUGGGAGCCCAAACCUUUGGGCUCCUUCUUGUAGCAGCUGCUGCAUUGCACCCCACAGCAGUGGCUCCCUUCCUGCAGCCUGGGAGCAGUUCAGGGUUCGGGAUCAUGGUAUUCCCCCUGUACAGGAUGCUGAUUGGUGGGCAUUCCUGCAGUUUGGAGGCAGUAGCUCUGUAGCUCCCCUUCAAACACACAGGGAUUGCACUCCAGAGUCAGGAUGUGCCCUUUGGCUGUGAACAGGGUGCCCUAUCCCCGAGCCAUCAGCAUUGCCAGGCUGCUGGAAGUGCAACAAACCACAGGAACACACGAACAUUGUUCCAACUGAUCCAUGAACCAGGCAGCAAAGGAGAUGGAGUCAAAACCACAGCACUUCCAAGGGCUUAGUGAGCACCCUGAGAAAUUUCUCCAAUGGCUUUUGUUAACUAAUCACAUGAAGGCUGGCUCUGAGUUAAUGGGUAAUGGAAAACACCAACCCUGCACUUACACCUCUGGUUCCCACUGGCUGAGGGCAGAUGAGCAGCAGUAAAUUACUGAACACAUUCAGGACUAAAGAAGCAGGAGCUCAGGCAUCUGCAGGGAAAACCCUGGUAUGUGCAGGUUCCUUGGGUCGAGGCACAGCCCUGCACAGUGAUCCCUGCACACACUGAGGUGACCACCAGCCGGAUUCAUGGUGACAAGGAGGCUUUAGGGGCACUGUACACACACACUGCAUAGGAUUUUUAAUGCAUAUACACUGCCUCAAAAAUUCUUCUUUUAAUGUGCUUUUAUUUUAUGUUAUUUUAUUUUUCUUUCAGAAAGAUUUUUCACUUUACAAUUCUUUAAGAAAUUUGCUAUAGACUGUGUUUGCCUAGAGGUAUUAUUGACCUCUGUCCAGCAAACAGGGAAAGAGUAAUUUAUUGCAUUUCAGGCUUCAUGGGACAUUGUCAGCUUAUGAGAAGAAACUGUGUCAUUGUGUUAUUGAAAAAGACUAAUUUGUUUUAAUUAGAAAUAAGAAGUGGCUUCAUAUUUAACUACUGAUUUUGUUUUUAUGGACUCUUCUUGGUCUUCUUAGUGAUAUGUUAAUAACUUUUUUUGCUUAUCCACUAUAUAUUAACUUAAACAUAACAUUAUCUGAUAGAAAUUACUGUUUAGUUUUUAUGAAACUAUUUAAUAUGCAGACAUAUACUCAAGAUCAAUUGUGGUCUGCAUUGCAAAUUAAUGGAUUAGAUUACUAAAGUAAUCACUAAAUGGUGGCAAUAUAUAUUGGUAUAGUAUAGUAUGUGGCACAGAAAAUAAUCUUGAAAUCAUUUGCCAUAGAAAGAAAUUAAAAUUCUUCAGAGCCUUUUGCUGUUGUUAAUGGAAAAUGAAAAACAGAAAGAAAAGAAUGUUUGAAUGAGAAAAUGUGCAGCAGAACUCUAGCAAACACCGGUCUGCAAGUGUUUGGUCUAUUUAAGCAAAGCUAACUGUCCCUGAACAAGGAAUUUUAAAUUAAAUAUAUCGCA